GAUGUUAUUGCAGCUGUCGGAUGAAUAAGUGUGGAAGAUCUACUACAGUCUAAGAACAAACCAAGUGGAAGGCAGCCUAACGCUCAGGCGUUUUUCCCUUAACAUCCCUGGAAGAGAGACUUGAACGACGGAUAAAUGGACACAGCUGCACAGCCACCACCUCCACCGCCACCACCGCCGCCAUCACAAAACCUGGCUCCUAUACCCCGUCCUAAACCACACCCUCAGCCGGCUGCAGUACCUUUUACUAGUCUUUCACCGGAGUCUGUAAAUGAUGCCCAGGCUGGAGACGAUCCACCACCUCUCCAAGGACUAAAUGCGCACCCGUCUCCAUCAUCAGAAGGACAAGAGGACAAUCACUCUGAUAGUGAAGAGAAAUACCAUCCAGUGCAGGAAACUGACCCUGCACCACAGGCACUUAAUAGCCUACAGAUGACAGAGCAGCAAGAUGGACAACCCACUCACAUGGACCCCGCUGGAGAGGGCCAAUAGGCCUAAAAACACAGAUGUACAUUUGCCUGUACUUGAACCUGCGCUUGAAACAGAUGGGCACAAGUGCAGGUUCCUAAGAUGUUGAUGAUCUUUCAGUCAUCACCAUCCUUGGUACCUGCAGCUGAAUUCAUAAUUUAGAGCUGUGCUUUUUUUUUUUUCUUACACAAAUUCCAGCCAUAUGCUUUAUAGUGCCUUUGAAAAACUUUGAACUGAAAUUAACUUUAACAUAGAUAUUUUAAUAGCAUUUUAGUAGCAUAAAAAUAAAAAUCUAAAUGUACUGUAAGGGGUCGGCACGGUGGUGCAGUGGUUAGCACUGUCAAGCACUCAAGCUCUAUCAAGACUGAAAAAAUUACCCAGGUGGUGUCACCAAGAGUUAUUGGUUGGUUAUUAUUGUUAUUAUUGGUUAUGUUGUGCUUGGAAACUUCUAAUUUUUCACACACAGUUUGUGUAGAGGACAUGCGCAUGCACCAGACAGGGAGACUGUUUGAAUUAAGGGAAUUGUACGAUCAAGGGUCUUGGAGCGUGACCUAAAAUUAGGACUUCUCAGCUUCAAAUUUAACCAUUCUGUUGUAAUCUGUCACUCAUGAGUUUCCCAUUUUUAUGGGAGUACCCCUAUAUUUACAGUAUAUAGGGGUAAGUACUUCAAGUAUUCACUAUUAGUACUUAAAAGUACUUAAAUUGAAUGUGCAAUUAUAUUGCUUUGGAUUUAUGUAUUUUUUAAAUAUCAUUUUCUUGUUUACUUAAUAGCACAGCAGUUUUUGCCAUUGUCCAAAAUGUUUCGUAAAUUAAACUCAAACCUGCUUUGA